AUGAACGGCAUUGCCUCAGCGACCCGACCGAAGCGCAAACACGGAGCCUCAUCACCCAACGACAGCCGACCUCACAAGCACCUUAGACCGACGAAUGGCAAGAACUCGCCCGGCGAGAACACCCCCGAUGUCUCCCUAGCGUACGACGGGGUCGAGGAGGCCUUUGACGACCUACCACAGAACCAGUACAGUCUGCUGCCAGGCGACACGGCGGAAUGGCAGGCCACUGUCGAGCGUGUCGUGCGCAACGUCGUCUCGAUUCGCUUCUGCCAGACAUGCUCCUUCGACACCGAUGCGGCUUGCGCGAGCGAGGCGACCGGCUUCGUCGUCGAUGCCGAAAGGGGCUACAUCCUGACAAACCGGCACGUCGUUGGAUCUGGUCCGUUCUGGGGGUAUGUGGUCUUCGACAACCAUGAAGAGGUCGACGCCUAUCCUGUUUACCGCGACCCCGUUCACGAUUUUGGCAUACUGCGGUUCGAUCCCAAGGCCAUCAAGUACAUGCCCGUGGCAGAGCUGAAGCUGAGGCCUGAUCUGGCCAAAGUCGGUUGCGAAAUCCGUGUGGUUGGUAACGAUGCAGGUGAAAAGCUCAGUAUCCUCUCAGGCGUCAUAAGUCGACUUGACCGCAAUGCUCCCGAAUACGGAGAAGGCUAUAGCGACUUCAACACGUGCUAUUACCAAGCGAACGCAGCGGCGAGCGGAGGCAGUUCCGGCAGUCCUGUAGUCAAUAUUGACGGGUUCGCUAUCGCGUUACAGGCUGGUGGACGAUCUGAUGGCGCGUCAACAGACUAUUUCCUACCCCUCGACCGACCACUACGAGCUCUUCAGUGCAUCCAGGAGGGCAAGCCCGUGGAACGCGGCACGAUACAGUGUCAGUUCCUACUGAAGCCUUUCGAUGAAUGCAGACGGUUGGGCCUCACCUCAAACUGGGAGGCUGCUGUGCGGUCUGCCUUCCCGAAAGAGAACAACAUGCUCGUCGCCGAGAUUGUCUUGCCGGAGGGUCCAUCCCAUCACAAGCUGGAGGAAGGUGAUGUCUUGCUCAAGGUCAAUGGCGAGCUUAUCACACAGUUUAUCCGCCUCGACGACAUAUUGGACUCGAGCGUGGGCAAGACUGUGCGACUCACCUUGCAGCGCGAGGGCGAAGAUGUCGAUGUCGACAUUGACGUCAAAAACCUGCAUGACAUCACUCCGAGUCGCUUCUUGACUGUCGCGGGCGCCAGUUUCCACGACCUCUCAUAUCAACAAGCCCGGCUCUACGGUGUUGCGUGCAAGGGCGUGUUCGUCUGCGAGUCAACAGGUUCCUUUGGCUUCGAGAGCUCCGAUCACGGCUGGAUGAUCCAGUCUGUGGACCAGAAGAAGACACCUGACUUGGACACCUUCAUCGAGGUGGUCAAGCAGAUUCCCGAUCGCAAGCGUGUCGUUGUUACAUACAAGCACCUUCGCGAUCUCCACACAUUGAACACGACCAUUGUCAACGUCGACCGCCAUUGGGCAACGAAGAUGCGCCUCGCGGUACGGAACGAUGAGACAGGUCUGUGGGACUUUAAGGACAUUGCCGACCCGCUCCCCCAAAUCCCGCCGGCGCCUCAGAAGGGAACGUUUAUUGAGCUCACGCACACAUCUCACCCAGCCGUCGCCGAUCUCGUGCGGAGCUUCGUGCACGUCAAUUGUACGAUGCCACUCAAGCUCGAUGGAUUCCCCAGGAACCGGAAAUGGGGUAUGGGCCUGGUCAUUGAUGCGGACAAAGGUCUCGUCGUGAUUUCAAGAGCUGUCGUGCCAUAUGAUCUCUGCGAUAUCUGGCUCACGAUAGCAGACUCGAUCGUAGUGCAGGCUAAGGUGGUGUUCAUGCACCCACUGCAAAACUAUGCCAUUAUCCAGUACGAUCCCAAGCUGGUCGACGCACCAGUGACCAGUGCCAGGAUGAGCAGUGAGCCCAUCGCCCAGGGCGCUUCUACAACCUUUAUCGGCUAUAACCGGAGCGGACGCAUUGUUCACGCUGCUACCACUGUCACUGAAGUCACAGCCGUAUCUAUCCCGGCCAAUUCUGGUGCUCCGAGAUAUCGUGCAACCAACGUUGAUGCUAUCACCGUCGACACGAGUCUGAGUGGGCAGUGCGGCAGCGGUGUGCUAGUCGAUAAAAACGGCACCGUCCAGGCUCUGUGGCUCACGUAUCUCGGUGAACGGUCGCACAGUGGCAGAGACGAGGAGUACCACCUCGGCUUAGCCACGCCGACACUCCUGCCGGUAAUCUCGCAGAUCCAGCAAGGGCAACGCCCCAAGCUGAGGAUGCUCUCGGUCGAGUUCCGCGCGGUGCACAUGGCACAGGCCCGGGUGAUGGGAGUUUCCGAGGAAUGGAUCUCCAAGGUGUCCGAGGUCAACAAGCACUCGCACCAGCUCUUUAUGGUAUCGAAGCGGACAUUUGAGCGCCACAGCCACCCGCAGGUCCUGCUCGAGAGCGACAUUGUGCUCACUCUGAACGGCAAGGUCAUCACAAAGGUAUCCGACUUUGACAUUAUGUACUCGCACGACGUGCUUGACGCCGUCAUCGUCCGCGAGAGCAAGGUGGUGCACCUGCAGAUCCCCACCGUCUCGGCCGACGACGUCGAGACGGACCACGCCGUGUCCUUCUGCGGCGCGGUGCUGCACAGCCCGCACCACGCCGUCCGCCAGCAGAUCAGCCAGCUACACAGCGAGGUAUACGUGUCUGCUAGGAGUAGAGGCUCGCCCGCGUACCAGUACGGCCUCGCCCCAACAAACUUCAUCACCCAUGUCAACGGGAAGCCCACACCGGAUCUUACGGCCUUUCUGGCUGCCGUGACCAAGAUCCCGGAUAACACCUAUUUCCGCCUGAGGGCAGUCACCUUUGACAACGUCCCGUGGGUCAUCACCAUGAAGAAGAACGAGCACUACUUCCCGACGACCGAGUGGGUCAAGGACCCCUCGGACCCGUGUGGCUGGCGGCGCACCACGUACGAGGACGAUGGGAGCGUCGUGCACGGCGAGCCGACCGAGGGCGUCAACCCGGGGGCCAUGGUCGCCGAGGACGGCGGCGCAGUCGAGAUGGAGGAGGAUGCCGCUGAUGCUGUAGAGACUGCGAGCUCUUGA